CCAAGCUUCCAAGUCACAUGGUGCAGUCCUUCCACUGUAGAAGCAACACAGACGCGUGCUUCACAUGAGUGAAGCCUCGUGUCCUCCAGCCUGUGUGCCACAGAGAGGCCAGGAACAGGAACACAUGUCAAUUUACCCUGGCGACAAAACUAUCAACUUCGUUUUUUUCUACCUCGUGGCAGGCGUAGGUGGCGUCAAACUGAACGACAUACGAUCCCCAGCGACCCCCCCAACGCAUGAAGGAUUUGUUCUGUCUUAUGUCUUUAGUCAAGGUUGCGGGAUAUAAAGGCUGUUAUUAAGGCCACGUGUGAUUGGACGUGCAUCAUCGGGGCAGGUUGGCACAGCAUCUACACUUGGAUUGGCUUGGAAUGGGCCGGCCUGGACACCAGCUGGUCUGUGGACCCAAAAAGGUUGCGACCCCUCCAGAGAAGGAGACGUCUGUGGUCGAAGAGCCGCCACCACCUGAUGCCAACAUUGGUUCCUCUGCCCAUUCUGCUGCCGAAACCCAGGACCCAAGUGGACCACCGAAGAAAGUUUGGUGGAAAGACUGGUGGUCAAAUUACCCAAUCAGCAUCUGGUUCAUCGUGGUCCAUGAGUUCUGUGAAGCUUUCUCCUUGGAUGGCAUCAAAGCGGUGUUGACGCUCUACUUCCUGACGUACCUUCACUGGGGCCAGGACCUGUCCACGGCCGCCUACCACGCCUUCAGCAGCCUCUGCUACUUCAUGCCCAUCGUGGGAGCGCUCGUCGCCGACUCCUGGCUCGGGAACUACAAGACCAUCUUCUACAUGUGCAUCGUCUAUAUCGUCGGUCAUGCGGCCAUGUUGUUGAGCGCCAUCCCUCCCUUGGGCGGCAGCAUACACAUAGCCUCGUCCCUGCUGGGUUUGACCCUCAUCGCCUGCGGAACCGGCUGCACUGACGCCUGCACGUCCGCUUUUGGAGGAGACCAGUUCCAAGCGGAGCAUGUGAGCAAGAGGGAGAAGUUCUUCUCUAUCUACUUCUCGCUCAGAGGCGCCGGCAGCUUCUUGGCCAUCAUCAUCGUGCCCAUCCUCAGAGACAAGGUGCAGUGUUUUGGUGACGACUGCUUCGCUGCGGCCUUUGUUGUCCCCGCUGCUUUCAUGAUCGUGGCUUUCGUUGUGUUUGCAGCGGGCAGAAGCCACUACAGGCGAGAACCUCCUCAGGGGAACAUCCUGAAGGAAGUCUGCAAAUGCAUCGGGUUCGCCGUCACGAAUCGCUGGAGGCGGUCCAAGCAUGAGUCCAGCAGGAAGCACUGGCUGGACUGGGCUGAGGACAAGUACUCAAAGCGUCUGAUCUUGGAGAUCAAAAUGGUUUUCAGUGUUUUGGUGCUCUUCAUCCCUCUGCCCAUGUUCUGGGCUCUGUUCGAUCAGCAGGGUUCCCGCUGGACGCUGCAGGCCACCAAGAUGAACAUGAGCAUUGGGGCCUUGUCUGUCACACCCGAUCAAAUGCAGCUGCUGAAUCCUCUACUGAAUGUCUUCUUAGUGCCCAUCUUUGGCUUCGUCAUCUAUCCGCUGGUUGACCUCUGCGGCAUCAAAACGUCGCCGCUGAGGAAAAUGGCCGUCGGGAUGGUUUUUGCAGUGCUAGCUUUUGGUGUCGCAGCCCUGGUGGAGGUCAGCCUUAUGAAAACGAUGGUGGAGCCAGCACCGGCUGGGAAGAGUCUCCUGCAGGUCUUCAACCUCAGACAGGGGGACGUCCGUCUUGGCUUUCCUAACGGAGACCCUUUUCCUGAUCCGAUCCCUUACCUCCAGGACCCUCCUCAGUACGUGACCCUGCCACUGGGGGCGCCCAGCAGCAACAUCAGCAUCGACAUCAGCUUCAACGGAGCCUCUUCUGCGUGCGACGUCACGUUUGCCCAGCAGGAGGCGUACAGUCUCAUCCUGCACCCGUUGGCCAAUGGAGUACAGUGCUCACUGGUGCACGAUGACAUCAGGAAGGAUGACGAAGGCGCUCCUCUUCUCAGAUUCGUCAACACGCUGCCGGAGGCGGUGAGCGUCACAGUGGGACACGAGAUGUACAACGUGCUCCCCGAUUACAGCGUCUCCACCCAGAAGGCGGUCGCGUGGGGAGAGUACAACACGGUGUGCUGCAGGUCCAAGUCACAGACAUGUUCAGACCUCAACCUCGGUCUUCUGGAGUUUGGAGCCUCCUACACUUUCAUCCUGGGGGAGGAUUCAGGUAGGGUGGCGGCCCACAAGAUGGUGGAUGUGCAAGCCAGCAACGUGAGCAUCGCCUGGCAGAUCCCCCAAUAUCUUCUCAUCACGGCAGGGGAGGUCAUGUUCUCCGUCACGGGACUUGAGUUCGCCUACUCGCAGGCCCCCGCCAACAUGAAGGCAGUGCUGCUGGCCGCGUGGCUGCUCACCGCCGCUUUCGGGGACAUCAUCGUGUUGAUUGUGGCAAAGGGGGCAGGACUAGAACAGUGGGAAGAGUUCCUGUUGUUCGCCGGCCUGCUGCUGGGCGUGGUCAUCAUGUUCUCCUGCAUGGCCUGCUUCUACACGGACGUACAGCCUGAGUACCUAGACCAGCUCUGCCCGGAGGGUGAGGACAAGCGACGCGCGGGCGAGGACGAGCGUGAGGGAGAGGACGAGCACGCUGCAGAAGAAGAACAUAAUAGAAGCCCGUAGCAGACAAGAGCACCAAUCUGUAGCGACAGCCAUGUUUGUGUAAUCUACAUUUGAUCUGUUAUGAUGAAGCAGGUGGAACACACGAGCUUGGUGUGUCUUAUAUAGGUUAGUGAAAUCUUUGUAUUUUCAAAAUGUAAAGAAUGAACAUCAAAUGUAAGAUUUUUGCGGCCCGUUUCUUGAGAUGCUAAUGGUGGCCUUCGUUAGAGUUAUACAAUAGAAGUACUGUACACUUCAACGAUGAUUGCCCCGGUUGUCACUUGAAUUUUGCAGAGACUGGUUGCCUGGCAACCUCAUCAAACCACCCGCCAUGCUGACAUACUAGAACACACCCACACACCCUUGAUGGACACAAGCUGGAACCAGUUAAAUGCUAACACAUAAGUACACGCUGAUCCAGUUAGGAAGGAGUAACGCCCCUGCAUGGGCGGGACUCAAGGAUAGCAUAUCACAGUAGCCACCUCCCAGUUUUUAGGGCAGAGGUCCGGCAUGCUGUACUUUGUGACAUCUUCCAGACACUUUCAUCAGUAAAAGGUUGAAAAGACACCGAUCACUCUUCUUCUCUGAAAAGCACGUUGAAUGACAUUGUGUAUGAAUUGUCCUCUAGAAAUAAACUUGCCUUGCCUUUUA